AUGGCUAAAGGAGGAAAAAUAAGAGAAUUUGAGAUCAAUGAGACACCACCUAGUGCCAGAACCUUACUUAAAGGCUACACACAGGAUGAAAUUAAUUCGUAUUCAGGAGCAACCGUAUCGACACGAGGGCGUUUUAUGACAGAACAAGAAAAGUUGCGUUGCCCAAAUGAAAGACCAUUGUAUCUUUAUAUACAAGGACAUACGAAACAUAAUGUUGAUUUGGCAAUACAGAAAAUUAAUGAAAUUAUCAAAACGGAACAUCAGAGUUUUUUAAACAGACCAAGCAGAUUUACGAAUGCUCCACCACCUCUUAUGAGCUUGCAUUCUGGAGUUACAAGCGUAGAAAAGAUUUGCGUUGGUAUUGAGAAUGCACCACAAGGUUUUGACUUACGUGGGCGAAUAUUAGGUAUUGGCGAUGCAAAUUUAGUUUAUAUCAAAGGCGAAACUGGAGCGAAUGUAACUUUAAGAGGUAGAGGAUCUCAGUUUAUUGACCCAGUUUUGGGAGCAGAAUCUCCAGAACCGCUUCAUUUGUAUAUAGAACAUCCAAAGCCAGAAGCACUACAAAAUGCUAAGCAGUUAGCUAUUAAUUUAAUACAAACGAUACAGUCCGAAUUGCAAACUUAUAUUCAGCAACAACCGCCACCGGUACAACCACAGCAAGUUAUAGAACAAUCACAAAUACCACAAACCCAAUUCCAAACCAUGAACAUUGGUACUUUAGGCCAGCCAAAUGUGGUCGCAAUACAGCAUCAAGAUAUUAUACAACAUCCACAAAGUAAUGUUGUAACAUUACCUGCAACAAUUCUUACGGCUACUGUAGCUGGUACUCCAGGUCCUAGUGUGUCAGUUCCUCCUCCAGGAGUACAUAUACCGCCUCAUACUGGACCCUUAGUUCCACCUCCGCAAGCUCAGGAAAUACAAACUUUUAUGCCACCACCACCUGUUGGACAAGUACAAUUAAUCGGUCCUCCGUCAACAGUAAGUCAAGUGCAAUAUCAGAUACAUCCUGGCCAGCCAUUACAAAUCCAAGGUAUUCAACCAGGAUCUCAGUCCUCGCCACAACCUGUAGCGCAAAUGUAUGUUAUGAGUCAACCACCGCCGCAGAGUGCUCCACAAUCGAGUUUCAUGACAAGCAGCAAUGCGCCCGUGAGCGGAGCAGUGUCGUAUGUGUAUACGCAGCCUAAUGUACAGAGGCCUGCUACGCCAUCCCAAGGAAUUAUCGAGACUGUUAAUGUCAAUUUGCAACAACCUCCACCCGCGGCGCCGCUCAAUAUAACACAACAACCGCCACCGCCAUUGCUACAUCUUCAUUUCCCACCGCCAAAUUUCCCUCCAAAUCAACCGCCUCCUCCCGUUCCACAAACCUACCAGAUACAAUAUCAGCAGGUGCAGGCACCCGCGACACAGUCGCAAACGCAGUUUGUUUUGCAACCUGGUGAGCAUAUCGUUCCGCCUCAGUUACAACAGAAUCAUGAGCAAUCUCAAGCUGUCCAACAUAUAAUAUCUUCGCAAUUCGAAGGUCAUGCACCGCCAUUCCAUUUACAAGUACCUCCACCGCCGCCCGCGCAAACUUUUCUAGUAUCUAAUGCUCAAUCUCCCCAACAUCAUCCACAACCACCGCUUCCACCUGGUAAUGAGAUUCAGCAUCAACAAGAGGGUCCAGUGGAGCAGGGACCGUUGCCGCAACCAGUACCACCUCCACAAAUAGUGCCGCCGCCGUCAAUCAAUCAGAUGUCGAAUUCUAUGAAUAUUCUUACCAGUGUACCACCACCGACGCAGCCGCCUCCACCGCAGAACGCUCCGUGGCUGUAUCAAGCUCAGCAGCCACAGCAAAUGCCACAAUCACAAGGACAAUUGCAGAUGCAAAUGCCAUCACAAAAUAUACCUCUUCAUAACAUACCUCCACCGCAAGUUCAAGCUCAAAUACAAUAUCAUCCUCAACAUAUACAAUAUCAGAAUGGUCAUAUACCGACGCAAGUACAUUAUGCGAUGCAACCACCGCAUCAACAAUUUGAGCAAAAGCCCGAUUCGCCGGAACAGCAAAAAUCACAUGGAGUAAAGAGAAGGUUUUCAGAUGUUGAGGGAGGUCAGGAACCACCACCUCCACCAUAUCAAUGUGCUCCGUUACCUGCGCAACGACACGGCACAGGGUAUUCGCGCGUUUCGUUGGACAUAGCGAGAAAAUUUUCCCAUUAUUACAUUACAAUAUUUCAUCGCAUAAUUUGCCAUAUUAAAUACGAUGUUAUAUUAUGUAUAAUUAAGAAUGUAUUGUAUUUUUCUUUUUAUAUCAUGUAUCUUAAUCAUUUAGGUGAGAAACGGAACCUUGAACAAAAGCCUGCAGGAUUAUCUUCAGGAAAUGAGCAGAAUGUGAUGGCAGAAUCUGGAAAUAUUCAUGUGGGAAACGGGCCACCUUUACCACCUCCAUCUUCGCCGCAAGCGCCAUGGCAAAGUCACCAUGUCAGAGUUCCUUGGGGUAGACCGCCACCGAUUCCAAGGGAAGGGGAACCUCCCGCAAUCUGUCCCGGAUUGCCUCCUAUUAACAUGCCUCCACCUCAGAUCAGGUCACGAGGUCCCGCUGACGGUAAUCGCUCUCCCACUCAGAAUGCCGCGUUAGAGCAGCCGUUGAAUGUCGAGUAUAAUCAAAUGCCGCCCUACACGACGAAACCGCCACCUUACAAUCCUCUGAUGCAGUCGAUCUGCAAUCCGCCGCCGCCACCACCACCGCAUCAUCAACAAUCGCGGUCGCAGCAUCCUUCACAAACAGUACAGCAUUAUCAGGUGCCAAUCUCACAGACAUAUCAGCCGCCAACGUCCUGCCCACCGUGGAUGAACUGAAAGUCAUAAAACUACAGGCAACGUUCUUCCUUACUCCGGUAUCUUGACGAUGAUCUUAAGCGAUGUCGUUUCAAUGGAUAGUGUAAUGAUAGUGACAAUGAAACAACGAGAUUCAAACUGCAAGAGUCCGAUGUAAAGGCGAAUAAUUGAAACUACAUCAUGUUACGAUCUUAUAAUAUUUAAUAAGGGAGAAGAAUAUUGAAUGCAUCAUGUAAAAAUUUGUAAAAAUGUUAAAAAUUAUUUAUAAUAUACAAUUUAAAUUCUAUAUAUUAAGAGGAUAAGAGAAAGAGAGAUAGAGAUAGAAGAAGAUGUGUAAUGUGAGAUUACAAAUGAAAAUAACGCCACGUUGGCGAGUUACUUAUUCAUUGCAAAGCUCAUCUUGGUACGCAUACCGCGUGAUUUUUGUAUGUACAACUUAUGUAUACAUAUAAUCUAGUGAGAAAAAGAUAAGUGUUAUUAUUUUGAUCGAGACGCGUUCGAAAAUCACUUGUUUUGCAUUCGCAAGCAAAUAAUCACGUUAUGCGUUUCCUCUCGACGAAAUUACAUCAUCUCUCCAUUUAUCUUUAAGUAUGUAACUCAUAUAACGAUGUAUGUGAUUUUUUUUAUGAAAAAAAUCAAUAAUAAAUCGUUAUUGCCAAUUAAA